AAGGGCAAGACAAAGGAGAAGGACGAGGUUCAGCCAUCUGUCUUCUCCCUAUGAACUAAUUACUAUAGAAAACCAAUUCAUUGCUUCGCGUUAUCCGGAUACAAAAGGACACAUAUGGGUAACUUUUAUUUGCCCCCUAAACUUUGCUUCUCAUUUCAAUUUUACCCUCUGGUGGUCCAGGGAAUUUUUGGACAUUCUUGUCUUUUAUGAUCUCCCUUACCUUUGAUCAGAAUUUUCUCUGUGACUCGUCACCAAUCUAUCAUCUUGGGAGCAGAGGGGAUCCAAUCUAUUAUUACAGAACCCCUUGAUUUAUUGCAAUUCAUUUAUUAUGAAGGUCCUAAGUGAACUAGUUGUGUGCCAUUGGCGGUGUACGCAGGUCGUGUUUAGUUCGACUAUUGUCAGCUAAUUGCAAUUUAUUUCAUCUGGUCCCGUACUUUGAGAAUUUAGCACCUUGAAAUUAUGUUUAGAACAUUUAUGAUGAGGGCGACACCAAGAGCAUGUCAAUGCUACAGUCAAAACAUAUGCAACUUGACAAUGAAUCUAGCUCAAUCCACUUGGGGUGGUCCCAUCCUAAGUCUAUAUUCUUUGACGAUAUUCGAUCCAAAUUAAUUGGAUUUGUCAAUAUAGUUACGCCUAUUUUAUGGAUAAUUGAAGGUAAAAUGUCAAUAUGUUCGUCUUGGCCUCUGCGAUAUGGACUUGGAUCACACGCUUCGAUUUCAGAGACCAAGGAUCCCGUGUUCGUAUGAACCUCUGCGGAGGGUACUUUUAUGGGGAGGGAAAAAGUGAUGGUUCUUUCACGAGGAUCGAAUUCGAAGAACAGCAUACUUCAGGGGGGCGGAUUAGAAAUUAGCCUAUCUGGAAAGGGCACAGACUCAGAAUCUUCUCGACGAAUCAAUGUCUCAACAAACUGCGACCUUUUCCGAGAGUUGGAUGCCGUGACGAAACCACGAAAAUCAUCGAAGACGAGAGAGAUAUGGCGUCGUGUCUGGAAGCCCCCAGAGAGAGACAACGAAAAGCUCUGAUGGGCACUGUCGUUCAUUUCUAGUCCAUCAUCGUCAAGGACAAAAAACUGCUUCCUCUGUUUCCCCGGAGCAGCGGAUUGUGAUAUUGAUUGGUAGCAGUUCCGAGGUUGUGGGUCGACAGUCUUCGGUGUGAAUCUUUCGUCUUUCCGCCAUUGGAGAUGGGAGAGGAGGCGUGUGUGAGGCUCGGUGAGGAUCAGCAGAGGGGAGAGAUGGGGUUGAGAGUGUUUGAUGGGAGGAAGGAGUUCCCUUCUUCGAAUACGUUUUCCACUCUGCUCGCUCUGGCGAUAUGGCUCGGCGCUAUCCACUUUGAUGCCGUUUUGGUCCUCUUCUCUCUCCUCUUCCUCCCUCUCUCCAAAGCCCUCCUUGUGUUCGGGUUGCUUGUGGCUUUUAUGGUGAUCCCAAUUGAUGAUCAGAGCAAGGUUGGUCGGAGAUUGUCGAGGUACAUAUGUAGGCAUGCCUGCCGCUAUUUUCCAGUGACCCUGCAUGUGGAGGACUUUGGAUGUUUCGUUCCUAAUCGCGCAUAUGUCUUUGGUUAUGAGCCACACUCAGUGUUGCCUAUUGGAGUCGUGGCACUUGCCGAUCUUACUGGUUUUAUGCCUCUCCCGAAGAUGAAAGUCCUCGCCAGCAGUGCUGUCUUUAUCACGCCAUUUCUAAGACACAUAUGGACGUGGUUGGGGCUUACACCUGCAACUAGGAAAAACUUCGUCUCACUCUUGGAGUCAGGUUAUAGCUGCAUUGUGGUGCCCGGUGGCGUGCAGGAGACAUUCUACAUGGAGCACGGUUCUGAGAUUGCUUUUCUCAAGAAGAGGAGAGGGUUCGUGCGUACAGCGAUGGAGACCGGGUGCUCUCUUGUUCCAGUCUUCUGCUACGGUCAAUCUCAGGUCUACGAGUGGUGGAAGCCUAGCGGGGAGUUGUUCUUGAAGAUCUCCCGAUUGAUCAAGUUUACCCCCAUAUUCUUCUGGGGCAUGCUUGGGUCUCCAUUGCCUUUCCAACAUCCGAUGCAUGUCGUGGUUGGGAAACCGAUUGAGGUGAAGAGAACUUCAAACCCUACAGCAGAAGAGGUUGACAAGUUGCAUAAACAGUUUGUUGAGUCUCUACAAGAGCUAUUUGAGCGCCACAAGGCACGAGUCGGUCACAAGGAUCUGGAACUGAAGAUCCUCUGAUUGAAGCUCUUCUUGAUAUCAUGUGUAUCGAAACAGAUGUCUAUUUGAUUAGCAGCAUAUCCUACAUCUUUCGCUUUUCGUGUUCAAUUAAAUUUAUCUCUGUCGAUAAAAUGCGGUGUAUUUGCAGACCAAAUCUCAUGCGUGUACCUAUAUUUACAUGAUCAAGUUAUUCUCAAUA